AGAAGCGAGGAGCGAAGCAGCGUGGCAGGGGUCCGAUGAGGUCGCGCGCGCCCGGGGUGGUCGACGCUAUAAAGGACGAGCGCGCGCCGGUCGACGGCUCACACGGUUCGUCGCCGGCCGCCACCAUGAACCAGCUCUUGGCGCUCUCCUGUCUGCUGCUCGGCUUCUUCGGCGCCUACUUGGACGGUUUGGCCGCCAGCGCGUACGGCAGCGGAGCUCGCCCGUCGGUCGAGUGUCCCAGGGGAAGCCCGCCCUCCGCAGCCUGCGCCAAGAAGUACCUGAUGUUCCCGUUUCCGCGGGUGGGCCGCGGCGGCGAGUUGGCCAGUUCGCCGAGGUCCCGGAGGGUCAUCGGCAUUGUCAAGCAGCCGCGCAUCGGCAGGUCCGACCCGUCGCUGCCGCAGCCGCCCGUCGGCCAGUGGAUCCACGAGGCCGACGACGGCCAGCCCGACAGCCUCGACUCGGCCAAUCGACGCGGAGCGCUGGCGCAGCGCGGGAACCAUCUCGGGGCUUGGGACGGUAGCUUGGUGGGCCGACCAGCGGCCUCGCUAUGGGCCUUCCUUCUCGUCGCUCCGAAUCUGCGCGACGCCGAGCACGCCGCGGAUGGCUCGAUGCUGGUGCAGCUCCACCAUCAGCCGGACGGCGACGUCAACGACGAGUAAACGCUCGCCGCGCUCUGCCAUUGUUCGUUUGCCCCGACUUGUCUGUCGAUGGUUGCAAUAAAAAAACAAAUCUGCAAUGUGAAUGUUAUAACAUUGUUUUUUUAUUACCAACUGCAUUGUACAUACAGCCGCGUGCUCUCUCUCUCUCUCUCUCUCUCUCUACAUAUACAUAUACACGUACAUAUAUACAUACAUACAUACAUACAUACAUACAUACAUACAUACAUGUAUAUAUAUAUGUAUGUAUAUAAACAAAACGGGAAACCUCAUCACCUUGUACAAAAUUACAUUUGAAAAUGAAUUGUUAUCAAAAGAAAAGCGGCCUUUUUUGCAAUCGAGCUUUCCCUUGGAAGUCAAUAUUUGUCGGGUUUUCAUCUCAUUAAUGGAAACGAGGUGCGCAAAUGCGUUUACAAUCGAUCUCGCGACCGCGUACAUCAAUCAAAUCUGUCGUGUUUUUGAUUUUUUUGUUUGUUACAGUUUUAUACUCGAGCUUUUUUUUUUUUCUUUCUCGUCUUUCUCGUCUUUUGUUCCUUUUUCGUCGUCGCGGCAACGGAAAAGAGACGGAUACAUGAAACUUAAGGUCGCAGGUCUCACUUGCAGCGUAUAUCAUUAUUAUACAGUAGUGCUCGCGCGUUUUGCUCUGUCACGCACAAUCUCUCGUUAAAACUUGGAUGACGAGCGUCGACAGCGACGCUCCGUUCGUUAGAAAAAUUGAAAUGCGCGCGGGCACACGUCGAUCCCGAAAGGAAACUCAACGACUCGAGAUGAGCUGCGCUCGAAACGCAAUCUCUGGCCCAGUAUGCUAAUUGACGAAGCGUUGAUGAUAAAUACCGAGGUACAGGCGUUGCGGUGAGAGACGCGUGUCGAGAUGUGCGUGUUGGGAGUGUGCCGAGAUUGGGCGUGCGAGCGACGUCGUGUGUCACCCUUCUUCCAAUAUCAUUGAAUGUAACAAGUAUUUACACGGGCAGAUUUAACAAAUCUAGAAUACGUAUUGAUGCGACAAUGGAUAGGAAGAUAGGUAGGACACGCGAAGGCAGAUUUGCCCUGGAGAAUCGACGGGAAGCAAGCGAGGAAGGGUUGAUCGCGCGAAAUUCGCUCUGACCUAAGUGAACGCUGACGGCCGCUGCAGGUAGUCUCAUCGAUGAAAGUGGUCCGCGCUUGGUUUCCAUCCGACGCGUUGCUCGGAUGGGAGUACCGCUCUUAAAAACGAUCGUAAGAUAUGCCGAGAACGUCG